UUGGAGUCCACGUAUAAAUGACUCAUCUCCACUGCUGACAGUCUGUCCAACAAAUUCAUAUUGAAUUAUUCCAAUGAGAUUGACAAUAGUGCAUCACGGUUACUUGGACACUGGCCAAAUUGAUCCUGUUGCGGUUUAUAUCAGUACCAUUCCGCUGGAGGCCUGUGUCCGAUUGGUGCGUUGCGUGGAGCGACUUUGUGGACGUGGAAAUGGGGUUGAAGAGGGGGAGCCUCAUCAACCCCUACGACGAAGAGGUGCACAAGAUCUUGAGGGACCAUCUGCAAGUGAGGAUGGUAUACUACCUGUACCGGUUAGUCCAAGUCCAGCAUCUACAUCAUCGCAGGAAGACUCCUGCAAACCACCAGCUAGAAACUGCUAUCGCCUCAUUGUACUUGGCAGUGCACGAGUUGGCAAAACUGCCAUUGUAGCACGAUUUCUAUCGAAUAAAUUCGAGGAGAGCUACACCCCAACGAUCGAGGAUUUCCACCGGAAACUGUACAGAAUUCGUGGUGAGGUGCACCAGUUGGAUUUAUUGGACACGAGUGGUAAUCAUCCCUUUCCCGCCAUGCGACGACUCUCUUUCCUGACUGGUGACCUAUUCGUGGUUGUAUUCAGUAUGGACAGCCGUGAAUCCUUCGAGGAAGCAAUUAGAUUACGUGAGGCAAUAUUGGAGACUAAAAUAAGUGCAAUACAGAGUGGAAAGACCAGAAGCAAAAGCCACCACAGCCUUAAGGUGCCGAUGGUCAUCGUUGGUAAUAAAUGCGAUCGUGAUAUAAAGGUCGUUACUGUUGAAGAGGCACAGCAGUACUGCACCAGUCAGGACGAGUGUUGUGUAUUUGUGGAGGUGUCAGCGAAACGUAACUAUCACGUUGAUGAACUUUUUUAUCAGCUCUUUGUUGUCGCUGGAUUGCCCCUUGAAAUGGCACCGAAUCAUCACAGAAAAGUGCCAUUAACAUUCGGAUCACCGACAAUGCUACCACCAUCUCAGGUACUUGUUUAA